AUGGGAGAUGCUCUUCUAGGAGGGUUCUGGUUUCAUGUGAAGCAGGGCCAGGACCCACUCCUAUUGCUGAAAACCCUUCAGCUUCUCUGGACAAAGAAAGAGAUGAAGAAGCUCAAGGAAGAAACCAGGAGGGGCUUUGCAGAACUGCAGGACCCAUUGGCAGGACUCUUGGACAUGCUGGAGGGCAGCAGUGACUGGAAGGGGAAAGGGCAUUCCCUUGGGUAUUACAUCAGCACCGAGCUGGAGCUGUGGAUAAAAGAGCAUCCUGCUGUUCAACAGUCUGGCAUCAAGCUGAAGAAGCUCCAGGCCCGUGUGCUCAGAAUGCUAGCCCAGUGCCCAGCUAAUCUUCUUGACCCCCUGAUUAGCAUUUACCAGCUCCACAGAGCAGAGCGGAACUGUUUGCUUGAGCACGUCAGUCAGCUCUGGCAGCAGGGCGCUUACAAAGAGGCAGCCAUCCUGAGCAUUAAGCUAAAGCUCCAGCCAGAUCAAGAUGUGGAGAAGAUGUGUACACCACUUCUGCUCCAAGAUAAAACUAACGUGGUGGAAGAUUAUGUGGGAGAAUAUCCUGAGCUCCAGAGCAAGCUCUUGCAGAUCCUGGACACAUGGUGUGCACCUGAGUUUAACAUCAGAGACAUCACAAGGCAGUAUCAAGGCCUGGCCAGGUACAAGCCAGAGAAGUUUAACCGCAAGGUGCUCAGCAAAUUGAUCUUCAGGCUGCUGGAGAGGUUUAACCUAGAUCCAGCUCUCUGCCCUAACGUCAUAAACCAGCGGCACCUGAGGACUCUGCACUACCUCUUCUACAAGAGGUUUGUGGAGAAAACCAUGACUCAGGAGAACUGGACAGACCACGUUCAGAGCACAGUUGGAGAGAACCGCUGGCUGCAGGGACACCUGACCCAGCUGCUGCUCAGCUACUGCGACCUGAGCACCGCCGCCAGCUGUGCCCAGCGCUGCCACCUGCCCCGGGAGAUGCUGCCCCCAGCACUGGCUGCUGAGCUCCAAAAGCUUCAGAGCCAAGAGAGGGUGGAAGAGGCCUCAGGAGCAGGUACUGAUGGAGAGAGGAAGAAGCAGGACUACUACCAGCUCCCUAUCCCACGGGCAAACAUCCACCUCCUGCAGACCUGGGAAGAGACUCUGCAGUGCUGGGAGAAGGUGCUGCAGCCUGGGCAGGUUGUUGGCAUUGACAUGGAGUGGAGACCUUCGUUUGGCAUGGUGGGAAAGCCCCAAGUGUCCCUGCUGCAGAUUGCUCUGAAGGAUGAGGUGUUCCUGCUGGACUUGCCACAGCUCCUGCAGCAAGCUGAGACCCAGGGCCAGAAGGAGAAGCUUUCUCAUUUCCUGCAGAGGCUCUACUCAGAUGCAGCCAUCACAAAACUUGGCUAUGGGAUGUCUGGAGACCUCAGCAGCCUUGCAGCCACAUGCCCUGCUCUGAAGGACACUGAGAAGCAAGCACGAGGUGUGGUGGAUCUGCACACCGUAGACAAGCAACUGCAGAAGAGUUCAAUCGACUGGAAGAAGGGUGGCCAGGAGGUCGAUGUCUUGUCCCCAGAGCGGAGCUCCCGGCAGAGAAGGCUCAGACAGCCAGAGAAGGGCCUCAGCCUGUUGGUGCAGCAUGUGCUGGGCAAGCCCCUGGACAAAGCAGAGCAGUUGUCCAACUGGGAGAAGAGACCACUCCGUGAGGAGCAGAUCCUCUAUGCAGCUUCAGAUGCAUACUGUUUGCUGGAGGUCUAUGAGAAACUCUGUAAGGAUCCAGAGAGCUUUGGACUGAGUUCAGACCUGACCAAGAGUCUGGGGGGAAAACCAAGCACAAAAGCCAGGGCAAAGAAGCAGCUGGAUAAACAAGAAGCACCCUCAGCCUCUGGACAGCAGUGCCAAGGACCCAAGCAGGCCACCUUGUGCCCUCCUGCUGCCAUCUCCCCCCGGGAGCUGAGUGUGGUCUGUGACAAUAUGCUGCAGGGCCUGGGCCGCUACCUGCGCUGCCUCGGCGUCGACGUCUGCAUGCUGCAGAACCAGGAUGACCACAGGAAGGCUGCUGAGGUUGCCCGGCGGGACGGAAGAGUCAUUUUGACCUCUGGGCUGCCGUAUCAGACUCUGAAGUCCCAGGUGGCAGAAGGAAGGUGCUUCUCUGUCAACUGCUCAGAAAAGGCCAAGGACCAGGCCCUGCAGGUUCUGAAGCACUUCAACGUCCAGGUGUCCCUGGCAGAUAUCUUCAGCCGCUGCCAGGUGUGCAACUGUGACAAGUACCUGAAGGUCUCAAGGGAGAGGAUGAAGCAGCUGGUGGAGAGCAGCAGGCAGGAGCUGGGGGAUCGCAGUGCCACAGGCUGCCCAGGUGCUCUGGACCACGACGGCACUGUGCCAGCCUGUGGCACAGCUCAGCCCAGUUCCACCGCACACGGGGAGCCGCCGGAGCAGUGCGGGGCCGGCGCGGCGGUGGGGAGCAGAGUGCUGCAGCUCAGCGCCGUCCCCCCGGGGGUGCUGGACAGAGCCGAGCUCGCCGACUUCUACUGCUGCAGCCGCUGCGGGAAGGUGUUCUGGGAAGGCUCCCACUUCGGGCGCCUCGUGUCCCAGUUUCAGGAUGUUCUUGUCACGGCCGGGGACGAGCCGAGCCUCUCCGAGCUGAGCUGA